AUGGCGGCAGAGGCGUCGAGAGCUGGGUGUGCCGUGGCUUCCUACCAGCAGGUGGGGAGUAAUGGUGGGUUCCAAGGAGCUUCUGAGAGCCAGCACAGUCAGUGUGGAAGAAGGACACCCGUCGCUUCCGGUCACCACUGUGAGCUUCAUUGUGGACAUGCUUUUUGUGAACUGUGCUUGUUAGUAACUGAAGAAUACAGCACAAUUAAAUGCCCUGAUUGUGAGGUGGCUACAACUUUAAACAUGAGACCCGGAUACUACUCAGUAGAUGGAUGUAUUGAAGAAGAUUCUUCUGUAAAAGAAUUACAACCUAAAAUGAGAAAGAAUUGUUCUCCAGACUUUAAAAAGACGGUUGAUCAGCUAAUUGUUGGUUUAGAACAUUCGGCCUCCUUACACAGGACUGUUUUGAACCCAUCAGCUGUAAUGUCGGAGAAUAAAACUACAGAAGAAAUAGAUGAAGCAUUGAAGAUAGCAGGCUAUAAUUUUGAACAAUUAAGUAUUGCUAUAAAAAUGCUUGAACAUACACAGCAUCAAGCAAGAGAAGAGAGAGACAGUCUAAUAGAGGUUGUAGACAAACAAUUUAAUAAACUUUUUGCUUCUCUUGAUUCCAGGAAAAAGAACUUAUGUGAAGAACUUACAAGAAGUACAGAUGAUUAUUUAUCAGAUUUAAUAAUGGUUAAAAGCUACAUUGAAGGGAAAAAAAAUGAUUUGGAUGCAGCUAUGAAGAUAGCAAAAGAAUUAAAAUCAGCACCUUCUCUGAGGACAUACUGUGACCUAACUCAGAUUAUCCGGACUUUGAAGGUAACAUUUGAGAGUGAAUUGUCACAAGUUAGUUCUGUUAUACCAAGGAAUCCUCCCAGGUUGAAUAUGAAUUGCAGUGAGAUUAUCUGCAUGUUCAACAAUAUGGGAAAAAUUGAAUUUGAGGACCCAACAAAAUGUUACCCUCAAGAAAAUGAAGUUGGACAGAAUGUUCAAAAGAAAUGUAAUAAGAAAAAGGAACUUUCUGGUGAUACAUACUCAUCAAUAGAAAAAAGAAAGGUUGACAUGUCUGUCCUAACCAAUGAAGCACAGAUACUACCUUUGCAACCAGAGACAAAAGAUAUGCAUGCAAAAGGGAAAAGCAUCCAGCCACAGAAAGAAAUGGUUGUAGUAACGUCCCCUAAAACUAUUGCUGUUCUACCUCAAGUCGGAUCUAGUCCUGAUGUGAUAAUUGAAGAAAUUAUUGAAGAAAACCUGGAAUGUUGCCCAGAGCUAGUUUUUGUAAGCCACGUAAUACAUCCUUGCCAUUUCUAUGUUCGGAAGUAUUCACAAAUAAAAGCAGCAACAAUAUUGGAGAAGAAGCUGAAUCAGAUUUGCAAUAAGAGUUUACAUCUUGAUCCUUCAGACGUUUUGGAGCUAGGUGCAAGAAUAUUUGUCAAUAGUUUUGUACAUGGAAUGUGGUGUCGAGGAACCAUCACUGAAUUAAUUCCACUAAAUAAAAAUAUUGGAAAGUCUUGUAAUCCAACCAAAUUCUCAGUCUGUGAAAUUGCACUAAUAAAGAUAUUCAUGGUAGAUUUUGGGAAUUCUGAAGUCCUGAUUGUCACAGGGGGUGAUGAUGCUCAUAUGAAACCAGAAUAUAUUACUGAACAGCAUAUUACACUAAAUGAUCUAUGUCUGGUUCUAAGGAAGUCUGAACCAUGUAGUGAAGAGCUGUUGAAAGACAUCCCACCAUUAGCACAUCCAUGCUCCUUGAAAGACAUUGUUCCCCAUAAUUCAAAUGAAGGCUGGGAAAGGGAAGCCAAAGUAGAAUUUUUGAAAAUGGUAAAUAAAAAGGCUGUUCUGAUGAAAGUUUUCAGAGAAGAAGGUGAUGUGCUUAUUGUGGAUCUGCAGAAACCACCAACAAAUAAAAUAAGCAGUGAUAUGCCUGUCUCUCUUAGAGACGCAUUAGUUUUUAUAGAGCUAGCACGAUUUAGAUCACAAUCACCAAGAAGUCCCAGUGAAAAAAAUACACCUUUACGCUAUACUCCACCUAUUUUGCCUGAGGAAAUGACAGAUAUUUCAAUUAUGGUUUGUCACAUAAAUAGCCCUGGUGAUUUUUAUCUUCAGUUGAUAGAGAACUUGGAUUUUUUAUCUCUACUGAAGGCAAUUGAGGAAUUCUAUAAAGGUGAAGAUGGGGAAAAUCUGGAAAUCCUAUGUCCAGUUCAAGAUCAAGCUUGUGUGGCACAAUUUGAAGAUGGAAUUUGGUAUAGAGCAAAAGUCACUGGGUUGCCUGGACAUCGGGAAGUUGAAGUUAAAUAUGUGGACUUUGGUAAUACUGCAAAAAUUACACUUAAAGAGAUGCGUAAAAUAAAGGAUGAGUUUCUGGAACCCCCAGAGAAGGCAAUUAAGUGUAAGCUGGCAUAUAUCGAACCAUGUAAAAGAACAGCAAAGUGGUCCAAAAAGGCUAAAGAAAAAUUUGAAGAAAUGACUCAAGACAAAUUUUUGACAUGUUCAGUUAUUAAAAUUCUGGAAGAUAAUGUGCUCUUAGUCGAGCUUUUUGAUUCUCAGACUCCUGGAAUGACUCCUACUAGUAUUAAUGACCAGCUUGUCAAAGAAGGCCUAGCAUCUUAUGAAGUAGGAUAUACCCUCAAAGAUAAUUCUAAGAAGCACCUUGAAGUAUGGGACGCUUCUCCAGAAGAAAUUAUUUCAAAUGAAAUAAACAACUUAAGUCCUAUAUCUGUAAAAUCUCUACCUAAUGAUAAUUUCCAGUCAUUUUAUAACAAAGAACUGCCUGUACAUAUAUGCAAUGUAAUAUCUCCUCAGAAGAUCCAUGUUCAAUGGUUACUAACAGAAAACUUACUUAAUAGUUUAGAAGAAAAGAUGAUAGCUGCUUAUGAAAAUUCAGAAUGGGAGCCCAUUAAGUGGGAAAGUGAUAUGCACUGUGCUGUUAAGGUCCCAGAUAAAAAUCAGUGGCGAAGAGGCCAGAUCAUCAGAAUGGUUACAGACACAUUGGUAGAGGUCUUGCUAUAUGAUGUGGGUUUUGAAAUAGUAGUGAAUAUUCACUGUUUAAGAGAACUUCAAGAAAAUCUAAGGACAAUGGGAAGAUUAUCACUGGAAUGCUCACUUGUUGAUAUAAGACCAACUGGUGGGAGUGACAAGUGGACUGCAACAGCUUGUGACUGUCUUUCCUUGUAUCUCACUGGAGCUUUAGCAACUAUAAUCCUUCAGGUAAGUAGUGGAGAAAACAGCACAACAUGGCCAUUACCUGUGAAAAUUUUCUGCCGAGAUGAGAAAGGAGAGCGUGUUGAUGUUUCUAAAUAUUUGAUUAAAAAAGGUUUGGCUUUGAGAGAAAGAAGAAUUAAUAAAUCAACUAACAACCAUUCAUCUCAGAAGUCUCUGGAACAAGGAGAUUCAGUUGUUACUACGUGUAUUGAAGCUAACUUCAACAGUGACAAAAAAGCUGCUGAUAUAAUCAAGGAAUACAAAGUACAUGAAUUGAAGGAAAAACUUUCAGAAACAAGACCCACUGGAUACUAUAAACCACCAGCUAUUCCUAACGUGAACACAUUUGAGGCAAUAGUGAGCUGUAUUGGUGAUGAUGGAACCAUAUUCAUAGUGCCUAAAUCAUCAGAAUUUGAGCUCAUAAAAAUGAUGAGUGAAAUUCAAAGUAAUUUAAAAUGCCUUGGUCUUUUGGAACCUUAUUUCUGGACCAAGGGAGAACCCUGUGCAGUGAGAGGAUCUGAUACUAUGUGGUACCGAGGCAAAGUCAUAGAAGUUGUAGGAGGUAGUAUCCAGGUACAAUAUUUGGAUCAUGGAUUCACUGAGAAGAUUCCACAGUGUCAUCUUUAUCCUAUUUUGCUAUAUCCUGAUACUCCCCAGUUUUGUAUUCCUUGUCAGCUCCAUCAUACUAUACCUGUUGGGAAUGUCUGGCAGCCAGAUGCCAUAGAGUUGCUUCAGGAACUCCUUUCAAAGAGAGAGGUGGACGUUCACAUUAUGGAAUUGCCUGAAAAUCCAUGGGGCAAGUUAUCUGUUCAUCUCUAUUUUGAUGGAAUGUCACUUUCUCAUUUUAUGGCACACCAUAAAUAUUGUACUUUUGAACAUGCUGAGGAGAUAUUUAAAGAAAAACCAACAGAUGACAGUAUGAAGUAUGAGUAUGAAAGAUGGGAAAUAAAAUUUGAGGAAUUGCUUUUGUCUGGGACAGAGACUCUCAUUUUGCCAUCAUAUUUGUCUUCAUUUCUGCCUCCACCAGAAGAACUGUAUGCUGUUCAAGUAAAGCAUGUCGUCUCACCUAAUGAAGUGUACAUUUGCCUUGAAUCUGUAGAAAGUUGUAAUCAGUUUAAUCAUAGUGACACAGAUGCCAGUGGAGUCAUUUGGGAAUCAGAGCCAGAGAGCCUUGAAGAAGCUUUGCAGAGGUUUAAUAAGAAUGUGGAGACAUUUCCUCCUCUAACCGACUUUAGCACAGAAAUGCCUUGCCUUGCAGAAUAUGCUGAUGGGUUAUGGUAUAGAGCAAAGAUUGUUUCUAUUAAAGAAUUUAAUCCUUUAUCAGUCUUGGUACUAUUUGUUGAUUAUGGAUCCACUGAGAAGCUGACAAUAAACAGACUGCGUCAGAUUCCUCUUCAGCUUAUGCAGUAUCCAGCUAGAGCCAUAAAGGUUCUCUUGGCAGGAUUUAAACCUCCCUUAUGUGACUCAGGAAAGGCAAGAAUACCAUAUUGUCCCAAGUGGAGUAUGGAGGCAUUGUGGGCUAUAAUAGACUGCCUUCAAGGAAAAAAACUUUAUGCUUCCUCCAUGGCUCAGGCACCAGAACCAGCAGUGACAUUAUAUGAAGAUAAGCAGUACCCAGUUCAUAUGUCCUUAGUAGAAAUGGGACUCGCAGACAAAGAUGAAUGA